CCGCACCACGCCACAACCUCCUCUCGUCCUCCCCCCUCUCUCUCUCUGACUCUCUAUCCUGCAGGCUGCAGUGAGGGUCUGGUAACAGCUGCUCUUCCUCUCUCUCUCUGUGGUCUCGAGUACAAGCAGCGUAGGGAAUCAGGGGUGCGCGCCCGGUGGUGGAGGCAAAUCAGUCACAUCCAGCGCCAGGGAAGAUCCACCGGUUAAUGCCGGGGGAUCAUCAAUCGUCUCGUCUCGUCCAGCUCGCCGCCACCGGCUAGCUUCUCUGUGCCGCGCAUGGCCGCGCUGUAGCCGGAGGCUAGAUCCUCCUGCGUCCACGGAAGCGGCCGCGCGCCAGAGGAACAACAUCCUCCUGCGUCCACGGAAGCAGCAGCAGAGCAAGGAUGGGGGAGAAGCACGCGGCGGACGCGGCGGCGGCGGACCAGGACGACGGCCAGGCCGGGGCGGCGGCGCUGGACGGCGUCCAGUACUGCAGCGAGCACCCCUACCGCCCCGGCAGCGCCGCGGCGGCGGCGGCCGUCGCCGGCGGGGGGAUAUGCGCCUUCUGCCUGCAGGAGAAGCUGGGCCGCCUCGUCUCCUCCUCCAAGUCCAGCCCCUUCUUCCCGCUCGGCGGCCACCCGCCGCCCUCGGGCUCCCCGUCGUCGCCGCCCUCCUUCCGCCGCGCGCCCGAGCCCCCGCCGCCGCUCCGCCCGCCCGCCGCCGCCUCGCGCAAGUUCAUGGCUUUCCACCGGAAGAAGACGCCCUCCUCCUCCUCGUCCUCCUCCUCGGCAUCCGCGGCGCUGUCCGCGGGAGGAGGCGGGCUCAAGCGGAGCAAGUCCGUGGCGCCCAGGCCCGAGGAGCAGUUCCCCUACUCGUCGGCGUCGUCGCUGGCGGCCGAGAGCCCGCGCAAGAAGAGCUUCUGGUCCUUCCUCUACCUCUCGUCCUCCUCCGCGUACGCGCACCAGGCCGCCGCGCCGUACGCCGCCGGCGCCGCCGAGAGGCGCAAGUCGGUGUCCGUGGCGUCGGCGGCGUGGGCGUCCAGGGCGAACGCGGGCGCGCAGGACCAGCAGCCGCGCGGCGGGGCGGCGGCGUCCGCCACCCUGGGGCGGACGCUGGAGGCCAUCGGCGAGCCGGAGAGCCCCAGCCAGAGCCAGGUGUCGUCGUCCUCGUCCUUCGGCCGGAAGGUGGCGCGCUCGCGCUCCGUGGGCUGCGGCAGCCGCAGCUUCUCCGGCGACUUCCUGGAGCGCCUCUCCAACGGCUUCGGCGACUGCACGCUCCGGCGCGUCGAGUCGCACCGCGAGCCAAAGUCCCACAAGAUGCGCGGCGGCGGCGGAGCGCUCGGCCACCUCGGCGGCGCCGGCGCGGACGACGACGACGACGAAGACGACGACGUGUACGCGCACCAGCACCGGAUCAAGUGCGCGGGGUUCUUCGGCGGCCUGGGCCCCGCGUCGUCCUCCUACUGGCUCUCCGCGGCCGAGGGCGCGACCGGCGGCGCCGGCAGCGGCGCGAGGAAGCCCGGCGGCCGGAGCCACCGGAGCUGGGCGUGGGCGCUGGCGAGCCCCAUGAGGGCGCUGCGGCCGACGACGAGCGCCACCUCCACCAAGACCAUCACCGUCGUGCCGCCCAGCCACGUGACCAGCAACGGCGCCACCUCGGCGUCGGCAUUGUCCAUAUCGUCCCCGACGCCACCGUCCUCGGAGGCACCAGCACCAGCAGCAGCAGCUCCGAUGGCGACGGAGACGGCCGCGAAUUGAAUUUCGAAGCUGCAUGGUCGGUUAAUCUCCACCCUUCCUUUCUCGAACCGCCGCCGCCGGCUCAUCUUGGAUCGCCGCGUAUACAUCCCAUCCUCGCUGCCGCUCCCCUGUGUGUGCGUGUGUAAUUUGAACAACAAACCGCUCAUAAGUUGAAAAAAUGUGCUGUGGAUUUUGGGUUUGAUCGUGCUCCUAGUCCUGACGCCCUGUCUGUUCAUGUGGGUCGUGCUCAGACUAACAAUGGAGCACCAGAACUUGUGAUCUGUGGAACCACCGUUCGUUUCAACGGUCCUUCCGUUUAA